AUGGCGGCGGCCCCGCCGGGCGCCCCGCUCCGGCAGCCGCCGGGCGCCGCGCCGCCCUCGCCCCCCUCCAUGGGCAGCGCCGCCGCUCCCCGCCCGCCCUCCCCCGCCCCGCCGCCGGGCCGGCCGGCCGCCCCCCGGGCUGCGCAGGAAGUUCAUGAAGUGGAUCAUGGUCUUAUUAGCCACCGUCUGGCUGAUUCAGAGGAGACUCUCAGUUCGGGCACAGAGAAGAUGCAGGUUCCUGCUCAGUAUAGCUGGAGUGCUGACUGGAGCUUUUGGCUCUCAAGUUCCACUUACAAAUAUAGGAGUGAGGAAUUCAAGAGACAAUUUUCUCAUCUGCCAGACUCUGAGAGACUCAUAGUAGAUUAUGCCUGUGCACUCCAGAAGGAUAUCCUGCUGCAAGGACGCUUGUAUCUCUCUGAAAACUGGCUCUGUUUCCACAGCAAUAUUUUCCGAUGGGAGACCACAAUUUCUAUUGCUUUGAAGGAUAUCACUUUCAUGACAAAGGAGAAGACUGCUCGGCUCAUUCCAAAUGCCAUACAAAUAGCAACAAAAGGAGAGAAGUUUUUCUUCACGUCGUUCAGUGCAAGAGACAGAAGCUACCUCAGUAUCUUCCGCCUAUGGCAGAAUGUCUUGCUGGAUAAGAGGCUGACCAAGCAGGAGUUCUGGCAGUUGGUGCACCAGAGCUAUGGCUCUGAGCUGGGUCUGAACAGUGAGGAGAUGGAGAUCUUCCACUCAUCAUCUGAGGAGAACGGGCAGUCUCGAUCGAGCAUUUGUGAUGAUUCUGGAGAAAAGGAUGACAAACUACCCAAAAUGAUUGGUUUAGUUCGGGAACCCACACUUCAAACAGGAGAGUCACUCACCAGACACGUGUUGCCAGGAGUGGAGGAGUGCACAAGUGAGAAACAAAUAAAGAAGAGCCCUCUUCCAUCUUCAGAAAGAAAACCUCUUAAGCUAGUCAGGAGCAGGUCUUUAGAAAAGUCCUUGGACCUGAAUGAGAAUGAAAAUCUUCCAGAGAAGAGCAGUGCCUCAGAUAGUGAAGAAGCAGUGAAGGAGACUGUCUCGGAGAAUGAUCUCUAUGGGAGACUUUUUAUAAACAGAGUUUUCCACAUCACUGCAGACAAGAUGUUUGAAAUCCUUUUCACCAAUUCUCACUUCAUGCAGAGGUUUCUCAAUUCCAGGAGUAUAGUAGAUGCUGUAUCAACCCCUUGGAAUAGAGAUUCCAGUGGUAAUCAGUUGAGGACUUUGACAUACACUGUAACGAUUAACAAUCCACUUUGUGGGAAGUUCACAACUGCAACUGAAAAGCAGAUCCUGCAUAAGCAAAGCCAGAAAGGUCAAUCUUAUCAGGUGGAUGCUGAGGUACUGACCCAUGAUGUCCCCUACCAUGAUUAUUUCUACACUGUGAACAGAUACUGCAUCAGCCGCACAUCCAGUCACAAGUGUCGAUUACGGGUUUCUGCAGAAGUGAAGUACAGGAAACAGCCUUGGGGACUUGUCAAGUCUGUAAUUGAGAAGAAUACCUGGGGAGGAAUACAAGAAAACUUCAAACAACUCGAAUCAGAUCUCCUAAUGGAGGAAUAUGCAAUUAAUCAGUCCAUAGAAGACUCUGGAAAAUUAGUUGCCCUGAGACGAAGACGACGCACUUUACACCGGAGUCUGGCAGAAUCGCUUCCCAAACGUUCAUCCCAGCACUCCUCUGGUGACAUGGGAGUAGAGUCCCAGGGCAACAUAAUAGGAAGGAAAAGAGGUGCUGUAAGUAGGACCACCACCAUCAUUGUAGUAAUGAGUGUUUUUUUGCUGCUCUUGGUCUUGCUGAAUAUAACACUGUUUCUCAAAUUGUCAAAGAUAGAGCAUGCAGCUCAGUCCCUCUAUCAUGUCCAGCUUCAGGAAGAAAGCUCUUUGAAUAUAUCCCCAGAAAUGGUAUCGAAAGAGGAGAUCCCUCAGUAUGAUAAGGAACAGGUUAAACAUGUGAAGGGAGUUUUAAGAGACUCGAUUGAAAUGCUCGAGCAGGUUUGACCUGGCUUUUCUCCCCACUGCUCUUCUGGAUAUUGGUGAGAGCUUCACUUAGCACUGGUAUCAAUGGGCCACCUAAUUUCCAGUGAAAAAUAUAUAAAUUCUAAAGACCGUAAGUUUCUGAGAGGCUCCAAAGCUGUGGAGUUAGUCCUCCUCCUUCCCAAUAAUUUACACUUCCAGGCUCUUACAUACUACAAAGAAUAUAUAAAAAAUGAAGUUGUUGAAUGGUGGUGUGUGUCUCUUGAUCCUGAAGUCCAGGACUGGUAAACUCAUAGGCUGAAAUUUCAACUCUGUAAGUGAAAGACAGUAACUACAUACUUUGUCUUUUACUGAAAACCUAUGAGUGUUCUGAUUUUAAGUUACUUUAUAUCUUAAAAUGUGACAGAAGAAAUUAGUACAUUAGGAAAGCUGUGGGGGAGUUCACACGUACCUCUAUCCAUCACUGGUUUGCUCUGUUUUCUCCUACGUGCUAAAGGAGGGUAGAAAAAGAAGCCAUUUUUUGUACUCCUUGUUCAAAGGUGUCUCUGCACACCAAAUUGCUAUUAACUGUUUUAAUCACAGUUUGAAAAAGCUUCUGAGUGCUGGAAAUGUCACUGUAGAAAUUUAAUUUCCUGGUUUCCAAGCUCUUUUAAUUUUCUCUGCUUACUACCCAAACACUUCCUAAUUCUGAAGUGUUAAAACAUAGUGUAAAUUGAAAUUAAAAAAAAUUAAAACCACCAGUUUAAAACAAACUUUACAAGUGAGAAUUCAACCAGCUUUUGUCUGGAAGUCAUAACACAUCUUAGUGCCUGUUACCUUGUGAUUUCUGAAGGCUGUCAGUAUUCUAGUCACAUUUUAUGCCCCAAAAUGCACUCUGAGGGCCAGGCAUUAAAAGAAAAUUUAUGCCUUGCCACCAUGUUCCUUGGAGUGUAUGCCAGGAACCAUGAACUGUGACUAAAAAUUAGUGGGGUGGUGUAUCUUCUGCACUGUUGUCUGGUAGGCUGUUAAGGCUUUACCAUACUGCACUGUUGGUAAUUAUAAUCUGCAGAGCAGAGCUGCUAGGAAAGCAUAGUGAGGCAACUGUUUAUAGAAACUGGGAGGAGGAAAUUGCAUGAGAUCUUUAAAAGAGGAGGAGGGAGACAUUAUUUUCCUGAUAUCAC